GAAUAUUGUGAUACUGACAUAUCUGCCACUUGUUAUUAUAUUUCGUGACCUGAUUUUGAGGUGUGUUUGAAUAUAUAUUUACCCAAGCACUGGAAAAUUACAGGUAGAAUGGUUGGAUCUCCAGGUCCUGUUGGACCCCCAACUAUGUCUCCUCUAACAGCUGGAGUAUUCAUCUUCAACCUUAUAGUUGGAACCGGAGCUCUAGCUCUACCCUCGGCAUUCCAGGCUGCAGGUUGGUUGGUUGGGAUCAUCCUUCUCCUGUUCCUAGCUCUAACCAGCUAUAUCACUGCUACCUGGGUACUGGAGACUAUGGCAGCGUGUAAUGGAAUUAAUGCUGUUCAAGAGACAAGGCGAAUUCAUUCCGUAAACAAGGACGGAGAGGAUGAUGAUGAAGAGAAGGAGCAAAACUAUUUUGAGGACGAGGAUUACAGUGAUCAAGGAUGCUUGGUGAGGACGGAUUUGACAGGACAGAUACAGUUUAAUAACUACGGAACUACGGACUCGGAGCUGGGGAGCAGAACAGUUUGUAAUCUGAAUAUUCAACUCGAGCUGGCGACUAUGGCGGAUAUGUUGUACAACAAGACAGGGAAGGUUUUGUUUUCCCUGUGUAUGAUCCUGUACCUAUACGGAGACCUAGCUAUCUAUUGUACAGCACUUUCAAAAUCUCUUCGUGAUGUCACAUGUACAGUCCAGGCAGAGAGUAACUGUCCUAAUGGAACCAAUAUUAGUUCUCUCUCCUCCAACCCUGAUCUAUGCUGGUCAUCUUCUACUCUUACAAAGGGUAAUGUUUACAGGAUUUAUGUUGGACUAUUCUUGCUUCUCCUCGGACCCUUCACCUUCUUCAACGUGACGAAGACGAAGUACCUGCAGAUGUUGACCACCUUGCUCCGCUGGGUAGCAUUCUCUGCUAUGAUUGGUCUCUCUAUAUCUAGAAUCCUUGACAGAAAUGAGGAGCACGGUUCUCCAGCAGUUUAUUCUUUGGAUUCAAUACCAGCUGUAUUCGGGGUAUCCGUCUACUCUUUCAUGUGUCAUCAUUCUAUACCUAGUCUUAUCAGUCCUGUGAAGAACAAGAAUAAAAUUGGUGUAACAUUAGCUGGUGACUAUCUUCUUAUUGCUGGAUUUUAUCUUCUUCUCUCCUUAACAGGAAUUUUUGCCUUUCCCAGUAUUCCAGAUCUAUAUACUCUUGCUUUCAAACCUGACAGAUGUGGAGAUUCCAGUUUAUUUCUUGAAGGUGUGGAUUAUUUCCUAGCUUUGUUCCCAGUGUUCACUCUGUCCACUAGCUUCCCAAUAAUCGGUAUAACUCUACGGAACAACCUGGAAUCCAUCCUAGUUCCGCACUCAACUCUCCUCGCAGAUAUAAAGUAUCGGAGAAUAAUAUUUCCAUUACUAGGAAACGGAAAACAUGAAAACGCACAAGAAUCUAUAUAUAUAUUUCAGGUUUACAGGGUGACCGUGUAUUCCAGGUUUACAGGGUGACCAUAUAUUUCAGGUUUACAGGGUGACCGUGUAUUCCAGGUUUACAGGGUGACCGUGUAUUUCAGGUUUACAAG